AUGGCCGGCCGCGCUGCCUCUUCGAGCUCCUUUCUGCUCCUGGUUGCUCUCAUUUCUGCUGCGUUCCUCUUCAAUGUCGGCGACGCUGGAGCGGCGCACCAGGUGGUCGACCCGCAGUGGCAUCAGGCCACCGCGACCUGGUACGGCAGCGCGGAGGGCGACGGCAGCGACGGCGGCGCGUGCGGGUACGGGUCGCUGGUGGACGUGGCGCCGAUGAAGGCCCGGGUGGGCGCGGUGAGCCCGGUGCUGUUCAAGGCCGGCGAGGGGUGCGGCGCCUGCUACAAGGUGCGGUGCCUCGACCGCGGCGUCUGCUCGCGCCGCGCGGUGACCGUCAUCAUCACCGACGAGUGCCCCGGCGGGUACUGCGCCCAGGGCCGCACCCACUUCGACCUCAGCGGCGCCGCCUUCGGAAGGCUCGCCGUCGCCGGCCACGGCGGUCAGCUGCGCGACCGCGGCGAGAUCUCCGUGGUGUUCCGCAGGACGCCGUGCAAGUACCGGGGGAAGAACAUCGCCUUCCGCGUGGUGGAGGGCUCCACCAGCUUCUGGCUCUCGCUACUGGUGGAGUUUUUCGAGGAUGGCGACGGCGACAUUGGCUCCAUGCAGCUCAAGCAGGCGAACUCAGCGCAGUGGCAGGACAUGAAGCACAUAUGGGGUGCCACCUGGAGCCUCACACCAGGCCCACUCGUGGGACCGUUUUCUGUGAGAGUGACAACCCUGGCUACCAAGAAGACUCUCUCGGCCCAAGAUGUCAUCCCUAGGAACUGGAGUCCCAAGGCCACCUACACUUCUCGCCUCAACUUUGCGUAG